AUGGCACAGAACCCCGCAAAGUCACCGCCGCAAAAGCGGCCCCGGCUUGCAGAAGAGGGGAUUCGCAAGAGGACCCCAAAAGCAUGUGACUCAUGCAGGAAGCAGAAGGAACGAUGCGAGGGAGGAGUUCCCUGUGGCAGGUGCAUUCGUCUACGUCGUGUUUGCCAAAUUCAAAUGACGAGUGCUUCAACUGACCGGAAAGGCAGAAGACUUGGUUUGACUGAGGCAGUAAGUGAAAGACUAGAAGUGAUGGAACGGAUGCUCCAGCACUUCAUUGGCCACGUUCCAUCUGAAUUGGAUGAACUGCGUAGACUAGCAGAGACUCUAAUUGCCGGAGGGCAGUCGGCGCGUCCUGGCCCAAUUGACUCUGGAAGAGCAGAUGAUUCCGACGCCUCGACAAUGUCAGAUGAGUCUUUUACACGAAAAGAAAUCGCCGGAAAUGCUGCUCAUUAUUCUGGGGAGCUCUCGCAUUGGAAUUUUUCCAACCGAGUCAAGGACGAAAUCUAUCGCCUCGGGGAUGACAGAGACUUCCAUGAAGCGCCCAGCCAGACACAAUACUUCAGGGCCAAGCACCUACAGAUUUCGGAUCCGACCGCCUUAUUAGUGGCACAGUGUUUCCCCCCCAAACCGGUGGCUGAAUUCCUCAUUGCAAUCUUCUUCAAAUACGGGCAGACGAAUUAUUUCUACGUCGAAGAAAAAUGGGUCAUGGAAAAGCUUGAAGGCGUUUACAAGCAGGCGUCACAUGGCUUCCCCACUGAUUCCCCAAUUUGGUGCAUUCUCUUGAUGCUCAUGGCGAUUGGGACUCAAUUUGUUGCUCUCGAUUCGGCCAGAAACGAUGAAGCGGCCCUCGACAAAUCCAUAAACGACGACUCUGCAAUGUUUGAUGAUGAAGUUGGCAUCAGUCUGUAUCAACAGGCUGCCAAGCUCAUUCCAGACAUGCUUGCCAUAGCGUCCGUGGAGAGUGUCCAGGCCUUUCUACUUCUUGGCGUAUACACUCUCCCGCAGGACACAUCGGGACUUUCGUAUACAUACCUGGGAGUGGCAAUCAAAAUGGCCAUCCAGAAUGGCAUGCAUCGCACUUAUUCGGGGGUUCUCCUGGACUCACAUGCUUUAGAAGUCAGAAAACGGCUUUGGUGGACGAUAUACACCCUCGAGAAACGUAUCUGCAUCCUCCACGGAAGACCUUUGUCAAUCUCUCGUGCAGAUAUAGAUGUUGAGCUACCCAUGGAGACACCGCAUUUUCAAUCACCGAAGUUUGAGAAUUUUCGAGCCAUAAUCAUGCUAACUCCGUAUCUGGAAGCGGUAGCAUCUAUAAUUGGUCGACUGGGAGACGCAUCAAAGUCACGACAGACAGAGUGUCUUGAGGAAUUGGUGCGGCAAAGCAAUAGUCUUAAAGCCUGGUGGUGUUCGCUACCAUCAAGUUUUCGAUGCAAGGACAUGGAUCCCCAGGAAGACACCUUUCGGGCAAAUGUGCACUUGAACCUUGCCUUUUUGCUCACUCAGGUAUUCAUGGGCCGCCCUUUCUUAUUCACGUAUAACGAAACCUCCGCGUCACUAGGGCCAUCAAGUUCAAAGGCGUCUCGGGCACGAUCAACUCUUACUUCCGAUUGCAUCAAAGCUGCACACCAGAUUCUCGACUUUUGUUUACUUUUGAACGAUCAUGGUGGCCUGACAAGGGCAUCUUACAUAGAGUUUAGCUCGUGUCAGGCCGCAAUGCUGGUGUUUAUUGCUCACAGUCUGAAUGAGAACACAAAGCAUCUGCGAGACUGUCUUAAGAAAGGCAUGAAUCUGAUGCGGCUCAUGACCAAGGGAACCGACCCAGCAAAACUCGAAUUUCCAGUUGUUGAACUGCUCGAUAGAGCGAUACGUCGUUUGCAUAACCAGUUGGGGGUCCAGGCCAGAAAGUCCACGCAACAAACUUGUGCAUACGAACAGUUCAAGAAUUGGGCGCAAUUGUGGAAGCAGCACUCUCCUCCAGGCCAGACCUAUUCCGACGCAACAAGCCAGCUGCCAUCGGGAGAUCCAACUGACAUUGAUUUGUCAGAAACUCUAUGGUCACAGGCGGUAUCUUUUGAAACGAGUUUUGCGCUCGAGCCAUUUUUCCCUUAUCCUCAUUUGAUAGGUGGAGAUACUUUUGGUGAAAAUGAGGCAUCAAGCUUGACGAACAAUCAGAUGCCUCAGUGA